AUGUGUUUUGUAGUGAAGAAGUCAGAGAAGUGUGUGAGAUAAAAAGUUUGUUGCCUUAAAUGAAUUAAGGGUUGUAAAUAAUUCCUCCAACAUACAUGUUUUGGAGAAAUCUGAGAAUUGUUGCAGACAUGAUGUUAGACAAUAUUUGUUCUUGCCUUUCCUUAAGAUAGCACCAUAGAAAUGACUCCAAAACGGAAGACAACCAGUUCCGAAUCUACUUCAACAACGAGUUCUGGUUCCUCAUCCAGCAGUUCUUCUAGUUCUGGCAGUGAAUCUAGUUCGUCUGAUUCGGAAAAUUCUAGUAGCUCUGCUAAUAGCCAGAAAGCAUCUGACACAGACAGAACCAAAAAGAAAGUACCAUUUGCUACCAAUCGCCAUGGCAAGUCGAAAGCCGAUAUAGUUUCAGCUCCAUCCUGUGAAAGUAAAAACAAAGAAAGAAUAUUGCCAAAGACUAAACCUGUAGUGUAUUCUUCUGAAUCUGAAGAAUCACCUAAUAAGGUGAAGUCAGCAAAGCGAAAACCAGCAGCCAAACCUAAAGCUACUGCCACAGUAGCCCCUGUUGUUAAACAGCAAAGACUGCCUGUUAAGUCCACUCUGACUUCUACACAACAGAAGAAUGCACCAAAUCCUAAACCAGUUGGUAACAAACCUAAUAAAGCUGCUACAUCUACAAGUGCCAAUGGAAAAGGGCCAGAUAAAUCUAUAAAAGCAACAUCUGAACCUGUGCAAAAGAAAUUGAAAAAGAAGAGUAUCUUUAGCCCAGAAAAUAGUAGUGAAAGCGACAGUGCUAUUCUUCCGAAGACUACUAUAUUAAAGCCAACAAAUAGCUCUACCAAGUAUGCAAAGAAUCAGCCACCCAAAACAAAACCAAAUGAUCCAAAACAAAAGACAUCUGCUCUGAACAGACCCAGUCUAUUGACAAAAGCUGUACAGCCACAGAAAUCGGAUAGCUCUGCAAGCUCCAAGAGCUGUUCUGCAGGGUCAGGCUCUUCUGCUUCCUCAGACAGUAGCACAGAUUCCGAAUCAUCCGAAAGUGUAGCGAGUCCACGACCUCAGGCGCAGAAAAAAGAAUCUCAACCGAGUGUAACAGUGAGCGUUGCAACUAAUGCUCCACCAAAACGACCUUCUGCAGCAGUUGCUCCUGUGAAACCACAGAAGUGUACAAAAAGACAAAGUACAGUAAAAAGCGAAGAUGAAGCCGAUGCAUCGGCCAGUGAGAAAGAAAUUGACGAGCACGAGGAGACCACGACGUCGAAAACGACAACGAAAGGCAAACGAAAGUUGCAGACACGUAAAGGCAGCAAAUUACUUCAGCUUCAAGCGAAGGCAGCAAGUGAUUCAGAAUCCGACGCAGGUACGGAAACGGUAGCGUGUAAGCGUAUCCUGCAAAUUCCGCUGAUCCGGUGUGAUUUAUCGAGAGUAGCCGAGAGCAAGAGGAGCACCAGCAAAUCGCCGGUCAAACGGGCCGGGCCUAGCACCCAAGCCAGACACGCUUCCAGUACGAAUAGGGUCUCUCAGAACAGUGCCAGUUCGAAUGCCACCGGCGGAAGAUCCGGCCAAGGAAAUUACGCUCGUGCACGCGUGACCAAGGAGAGAGAAUGCCCAUUAGCGCAGACAUGCGAUUCUCGGGGUCAUCUUUCUGGAAAACUUGAUUUGCACUUCACUCUGGAAUCUUGUCCGUUGUAUCACAAUACCACGCCGCAGGCUUGCGUGGAGUUUUAUAAAGACAGAAAAAAGCGCGAGGAUGAACGGAAAAAGGCUGUAGCGUGUCUCGCGAAAAAGUCUCCAAAAGGCGUACACCAGACGACGGAGCAGCGUAACUAUCAGCUCAAAGUAAGAGAGCUAAGAAGUAAAUGGAAAGGGAGUGCCGGUGAUGGAAACGACAGCGACAGCGGGAGUGAACUCCAAGGAAAUGAGAAGGAUCGUCAACCGCGAUUGACGAACCUGACACCCGAUUACGAUUUGAAAUUGUUCAUGGAGGCCCAAGCGAUCGCCAGUGAAAAGAUCGAAAAAGAAUUCAAAGAACUGGACUAUGAUGGCGAAGGUAGGAAUAGUGGUGGUACACGGGUUAUCGAGAUGGGAAAGUGGGAGAUGGAGGUGUGGUACCAAAGUCCUUAUCCCGAGGAGUACAGCCGUGCUCCGAAACUUUAUCUAUGCGAAUAUUGUUUACGAUACGCGAAAAGUCGUCAGGUUUUGAGGAGGCACAGGGAGAAAUGCUUGUGGAGGCAUCCGCCUGGACACGAGGUCUACAGGAAAGACAAGAUAGGCGUGUGGGAAGUCGAUGGAAAGCGCUACAAGCAGUACUGUCAGAACCUUUGUCUGCUGGCGAAGUUCUUUCUGGACCACAAGACGCUGUACUACGACGUGGAGCCUUUCCUUUUCUACGUGAUGACGAUUGGUGACGCGGAGGGGUGUCACACGGUCGGCUACUUCAGCAAGGAAAAGAACUCUUUCCUCAAUUACAACGUAUCCUGCAUUCUAACGCUGCCGCCUUAUCAACGCCAGGGAUACGGCCGGCUGCUCAUCGAUUUCAGUUACUUAUUGACCAGGGUCGAGAAAAAGAUCGGCUCGCCGGAGAAACCUUUAUCAGAUCUGGGCUUGAUCUCGUAUCGGAGCUACUGGAAGGACGUUUUGCUGCAGUACCUCUGCAACUUCGGGGGCAAGGAACUCUCCGUUAAAGACAUCAGCAAGGAGAUGGCGAUCGAUUCGUACGACAUAGUCAGCACCCUGCAAGCCCUUGGUAUGAUGAAGUACUGGAAAGGGAAGCAUAUCAUUCUGAAGAAACAGGACGUGAUCGACGACUACAAGGAAAGAGUGAAGAGACGGGGGCCUGUCUACAAAGAGAUCGAUCCGGAGUGUCUGAAAUGGAACCCCUUCCAGCCUCCCAAGACGCCCUCCGCCUCGAACUAAGGUUUGCAAGCUGGAGCCUCAAAAUGACGCCGACGUCGGCCUUCCCCUUCCCACCCAUCGGUUGACUGUCGACCGAGGGCGGUGGUCGAUCUACUUUCUUCGUCGUCUUCGUCGUCAUCGACCUUCUUCUUCUGCCCACCCGCUCCAUCUUCUCCUUUUUUUUCACCUCCCUUUUGCACACUGUUCCUCGCGAUGCUCUUUCUCCCGCUCGACCGUUCGCGAAUAGAGGAAGCAGACAGGCCGAUUUCACGCCUGUAACAAUCGGCGGGACCCGUGAAAAUCCUUCGCGGAAUUCCUUCGAGACACCCUUUUUCACGUUCGUCUGUCCUUUUAAGGAUCGGUGUCCUUCAGACAUGACGAACGCAUCGAACAUCCUGAGGACGCCAUUCGAUCGAAUAUAGCUUCCGGUUCGAGUGAUCGGUUUUAUUUGACCCCGUGAUUAGAGCAUGGAUUAUAAAACAUUUAAUGUGCAAUGCCGAGGAGUCUUCGAGAACUCAUCGAUGAUUUACUGUAUUCCGAAAUUGUCAUGGAACUCUAGUAAGGUGAACCUCACCAAGAUCACACGACGAUUUUAAUAUAAUUCGCCGAGCUUCUAUUAUCGGAACUACUGCCAAACCACACCCCUCUACUCCGAUAUUAGAAGCUGAGGUGGGAGGGGUCAAUUAACCGUAGGUACGCAACAAAAUUUUCAACCUGAUCAAGGACGUCUACGGAAACGUAAAAUACCGGUAUUAUACCGAUAUUCUCAUUUGUAUCUU